AUGUCGGGAGCGGGCCAAAAUGGAAAGCCAUCCAGGGAAGCAGAGAGCGAGGAAACAGCGGUGGAGAGACAAUCAACAAUUCAGUCAAACACAGACACGAAGCCGAGGAACCGAUUCAAUCUCUUCCACAAACAGAAUCCGGAGCCAGAGGACGACGACAAGCCGAAGAAGAGGCCCUGGUACAAGGGCAAGGACCUCAAGCACAAGCCGUAUACCCUCAGAAACCAGUUGCAGGCCACUAUCUUCAACUCGUGGAUCAAUAUCCUGUUACUUGCUGCGCCGGUGGGUAUUGCGCUCAACUAUGCCGGUAUUGAUGGCAAGGUUGUCUUCGUCGUCAACUUUAUUGCCAUUAUCCCGUUGGCUGGAAUGCUGAGCUUUGCUACUGAAGAGAUUGCUCUCCACGUUGGUGAAAGUUUGGGUGGUCUUUUGAAUGCUUCUUUUGGUAACGCCGUUGAACUGAUUGUUGCUAUCAUUGCCCUCACCAAAGACGAAGUCAUCGUUGUCCAGACGUCCCUAAUUGGCAGUAUUCUCUCCAAUUUGCUUCUCGUUAUGGGAAUGUGCUUCUUCUUCGGUGGACUUAGACGCACAGAGCAAUUCUUCAACGUAACAGUUGCCCAGACUGCAGCCAGCUUACUCGCCCUAGCUGUCGGCAGCGUGAUCAUCCCAACAUGUUUCGAUAAAUUCAGCACUACGCCACAGACCUCCAUUGCUGGUUUGUCUCGCGGAACAGCCGUCAUUCUCUUGGUGGUUUACAUUGGCUAUCUCUAUUUCCAGUUGAAGACUCAUUCCGACAUGUUCAACGAAGAAAGCAAAAAAGUCGCCAAGAAGCCCCGCAAGAACUCCCUCGCUCCUGGCGCCAUAUCUAAAUCCCUCGUCCAAGCCGGCGGUCUUGGUGCUGGAGCUGGACGACCCAAUCUUCCAGAACGACCACCAAAUGAUGAGCUGGUUAGGACCACGGCACAUGAAGACGACGACGAGGAGCUCGAGGAACCACAGCUUCACAUUGCUGUUGCAUGGGCCACUCUCGCUGGGGCAACUGCAAUCAUCGGUCUCUGCGCUGAGUUCAUGGUCGACGGAAUCUCCUCCAUCACGGCCUCAGGUGCCAUCUCCGUUGAAUUCGUAGGCUUGAUCCUCCUCCCGAUCGUCGGAAACGCUGCCGAGCACGCAACAGCUGUAACGGUAGCGGUUAAAGACAAGAUGGACCUGGCCAUCGGCGUAGCUGUCGGCUCUUCCAUGCAAGUCUCGCUCUUCUUGAUUCCACUGCUGGUUGUCAUUGGCUGGAUCAUGGGCAAAGAGGAUAUGACGAUGAGCUUCGAUGGGUUCCAGGUCGCUGUGCUCUUUGUCUCCAUUCUUCUAGUCAACUACUUGAUUGGUGACGGAAAGAGUCAUUGGCUCGAGGGGAUGCUUCUGCAGUGCCUCUAUUUAAUUAUUGCAGUGUGUGCGUGGUAUUAUCCCACGAAGGAGUGCUCAGCUACCCUAACAACAAACUGUAUUCAAACCUCGGGGAACAAUGGAACGGCUGCUGUGUAG